AUGGCUUGGCAUCAAGUUAUAAAGAAGUUCCUCAUCCACGCCUGCCUGCUGCUCUUCUCGGUGCUGCUGCCCCUCCACCGCGACGGCGUCAUCCACUGGAGCGACUGGGCCGUCUUCGCCCCCUUAUGGCUGUGGAAGCUCCGGGUCGUCGCGGGCGCCGGGGUGGGCGCGGGCGUGUGGGGGCGCAGCCCGCGCCACCGCGCAGACGGGGAGGCCUGCGUGGAGUUCAAAGCCAUGCUCAUCGCCGUGGGCAUCCACCUGCUACUGCUCGUGUUCGAAGUGCUGGUCUGCGACAGGGUGGAGAGGGGGACGCACUUCUGGCUGCUGGUCUUCAUGCCCCUCUUCUUCGUGACCCCGGUGUCCGUGGCCCCCUGUGUCUGGGGCUUCCGGCACGACAGGUCCCUGGAGCUGGAGAUCCUGUGCUCGGUCAACAUCCUGCAGUUCACCUUCAUCGCCCUGAGGCUGGACCGGAUUUUUCACUGGGCGUGGCGGGUGGUGUUCGUGCCCCUGUGGAUCCUCAUGCCGUUCCUUUGCCUGGUGGUCCUCUAUUACCUCGUCUGGUCCCUCCUGUUCCUGCGGUCCCUGGAUGUGAUAGCCGAGCAGCGGAGGACACACGUGACCAUGGCCCUCAGCUGGGUAGCCAUCGUCGUGCCUCUGCUCACCUUCGAGGUCCUGCUGGUUCCAUUGGAUGGCCACAACGCCCUGUCUUACCUCUCUAUAUUUGUCCCCCUUUGGCUCUCCUUGAUAACCUCCAUGGCCGCAUCGUUUAGGCGAAAGGGGGGCAACCACUGGUGGUUUGGUAUUCGCAGAGAUUUCUGUCAGUUUCUGCUGGAAAUGUUCCCGUUUCUAAGAGGAUAUGGCAACAUUUCCUAUGAUCUCCGUCAUGAAGACAGUGAAGAUGCUGAAGGAACAUCGGUUCCAGAAGCUCCAAAAAUUGCUCCGAUGUUUGGAAAGAAGGCCAGGGUAGUGAUAACCCAGAGCCCUGGAAAGUAUGCUCCCCCACCUCCCAAGUUAAAUAUCGUUAUGCCGGAUUAA